GGAGGUAGGCGGUAUCUGUCCACGUUAUUCAGUUCCUGUUUUAUUUUUUCCGACUUUUAUUGUGACAAUUCGCAUCAUUUGGCAUCAAAAAUGCCGUUGGAAAUGUUAUAUUAAUUGAACUGGAGCGUUUUUAACCCUUAGCACUUGUGACGUCACUCGGUUGGCGGCGCUAACGGUUAGCCAUUGUGUUUAGCCGGAGCAUUCUCCUCUGUUUGCUAUUGUUGUGGUACGAGACCUCAAGAUCGCAGACAUGCCCAAUCUCAAAUUGAUAAGUGCGACGGACGCACAAUAUUCUGCAACGGUGCUCAAGUCCUUGAAUGACCAGAGGGAUCUUGGAUUAUUCUGCGAUGUCACGAUUGUUAUCCAGGACAAGAAGUUCCGAGCCCACAAGAUCAUCCUGUCAGCGUCGAGCACGUACUUCCACAACCUCUUUGCUGCGGCAGGACAAGUCAUCGAGCUGAACAUCGUCCGCGCAGAAAUCUUUGAGCACAUUCUGAACUACAUUUACACGUCCAAGGUUGUGCGCGUGCGCUCUGAUCUAUUGGAAGAGCUCAUAAACGCCGGGAAGGCGCUCGGCGUCAGAUUCAUCGCAAACCUGUGGACGGCGCUCUCGCAUGAGAAGAGCUUGCAAGGCCUCUACAAGAAGACUGAAGGCAAGGGUGAAGACAUGCCAAUCAUCACAGAGUCUUUUUCCAUAUCUGCCGAGGAGUUCAAUCAGAGCAGUAAGACUGAAGACGGCGCUGAUUCUGACAGCGAUGUAAUGUUUGUGUCUGUCACUGAUGCGGCAGCCAAGCUGAAAGGACAGUCUUGUGAGGUGAUAGAUUUGGAUUCAGAAGCAGAGAAGCCUGUGAAAGAGUCAGAAACUGUUGCUGCAACUGAGGAGACAAACCCGGCUCCGCCCCCUCCUGGUGUUAGCCCCCUACAAAUUCCAGAUAGCACUUCAAAUAACACAGGAAGUGCACCCACCACUCCUAGUAGCUUCAAUACAGAGCUCACCAGUGUUUCCCAAACAGCUGGAGUCCACAAAAAGCACAUCUCCACCACCACUGAUCACGGAGACGUGAAGAUCAGGCUGCUGGAUGUGUCCAACAGCUCGCCCCAAAGGACACUUGCAACAAAGACAACUGUGAAACCGAAAACGGCUUCAGAGAUCGACUCCAUUUCUACAGGCUGCAAGGUUUACGCCAACAUAGGUGAAGACACCUACGACAUUGUCCCGCUGAAGGAAGAUCCCAUGGAAGGGAGCUCCAAAUCCAACAAAGAGAAAAGGUCCUACAUGGCGACACCUCUGAAGAUGUCGGAGGAAAACCCAGUGUCUGAAAGUAGUAAAAAAGCAAAGCAAGAAACGGAGGAUCAUUAUGAAGUGGUCAUGGAUGGCAAGACCUUUUUUGUGUGCACGGUUUGCAAGCGUCCCUACGUUUGUCUGACCAGUCUGCGGCGGCACUUUAACGUUCACUCGUGGGAGAAGAAGUAUCCGUGCAACUUCUGCAACAAGGUCUUCCCUCUGGCGGAGUACAGAACUAAACACGAAGUCAUCCACACCGGGGAGCGGCGGUACCAGUGCUUGCUGUGCAACCAGAUGUUCCUGAGCUACCAGCUGCUGUCGGGCCACUGCAAACAGGUGCACAACCGGGAUCCCAGCGGGAAAAAGCAGAAGGACGGCACCAGCCAAAACCUGUACUGUCUGCUGCCUCCCAAAACAGGGCCCAGGAAGGUCUACUCCUGGAGCCCCGAAGAGCAGGACGCUUCCUUCGUCAGCAACGAUGGCGGCGUGUAUAGCAUGGCCAACUCACAAGAGGGCGCGCACGAUUCUCAAAACAGGAUGGCGAACUGGAACGUGUACGGGGAGGCGGGGGGACACGCCCAGCAGGGGGCGCCAGUGGUUCCCUCGCCAAGCAACAAUGCGUUUGACUUCAAAAUGCCUGAAACCUACUGAGCUGCGCUCUGUUCACACGUGCCUUUCUGGUGCUAACGUUCGAGGUUAAUGCUGAGGUUUUGCAAGUGGUUCAUCACGUGACAAACUUGUAGCCAUAGUUGUUGGCAGACGUCUUGUGUUCAUCGUCGGUAUGAAUGUUUCUGUCAAGUGUGUUCAGCCAGUUCUCAAUAGUUCAAAACAUGGUGGCAAAGAAGUAUUUUAAUUGUCACUUUAAUAUUCAGCUGUUCAAAUGGGACUUUCUUAUCCAGUGCACACGCCUUCUGACUAAAUGGUUCUUGUGUCUGUAUUUUUUUGUAUUCAAAUGCCAUCAUUCUGUGAUCAGCACUCACAGCUCGGGUCUAUCCCUAAUGUUUUUUUUUUUUUUUUUUUGAUAGUUAGAGCACUUAUCAGACUCAGUUGUGUUGUAUUCAGUCCAACUUGGCUGUUUGAGUAACCUGUGUUCUUCAUUACAUUAACUGCAAUGUAUGUUGACCCGUUUCCUCUUAGUUUCAGUCCAACAUGCUGUUUAAGGGGAAGUUGCCUCGCUCUUCAAUACAGCAUUCUGUAGUCACCAACAUGCUAGUCAUGGUGUAAAGCAGAUCAGUCAGGACCUGGUGUCAGUAUUCAGGAAUGUGUCGGUCUGAGGUCAGGGGUCACUCAACUGAAAGGGCCGCAGUGGGUGCGGGUUUUUGUUCCGAGCAAUCAGGUGCCAUCAGAAACUAGCAGCAGCUGACUGACCAUCACUGACAACAGAUUACCUGGUUGGUGAAGCUGUGUGCGCUUGACUGGUUGGAACAAAAACCCUUUCUGGUCUGAGUCAUGCAGAAUGGGUCCAGUCUGGAGUUUGAAUCUAACGAUCACAGUUCUAUGUGGCUGUGUAUAGAACUCAAACCCAAAUUUCCACAGGAUAAACCUAUUUUUCCGUUUUGAAAUUAAGUGAAGAGAAUUAAAAUUGUCACAAAUAUUUAUUAGUAGGCCUGAAUCUUAAGUAUUUAAAGUCAAAGUCAACGGUCACCUUACAUUUAUGUCCACAUCUGACUCAUUCAGCAGGUGGUUAAACAGCGUUAUGAAUGUGAAAUGUUUUAGGUCAGUAGGGGAGAUCAGUUGUAUUAACCUGUAACUUCUUACUUCGUAUUUUGAAUUAAUAUGCGUUUUCCAUCAUGUCAGUAAGUCCGAUUUAUUUAGCAUUAUGUGUGUUUAAAAGUAUGUCUGAAUUGGAGAUGCUGUUGCCACGUGAUGUCGCAGCGGUGUUGAGUAUGUGCCGGCGGCUUUCUUAAAAAUGCCAUUCUUUUGUGGUUGUUCGUGACUGGAGCUGAACGGAACUCAAUAAAAAAAAAGCCGGAUUUUCCAGUCACUUUCUUCGUGUGUGGGUUCUGUACAUAUAUCUGACAUGAAGUGCUUUUUAUUUUUUAUACUUAUGAGUUUUCAUAAAAGGAAAAUUAAUUGACACACAAUUCAUUGAACAUAAACUUCCA